AUUUCGUCCAACAACUUGCAACUUGCGAGUAUUAAGAUUGGGAAGUGGCUUUUUGGAAAAUCAGAAGUCAAAGAGCGAGCUUAGAGAGAGAGAGAGAGGAAGAGGACAGACAUGUCGGGAGGUAUCGCGCGUGGUCGUCUUGCCGAGGAGCGGAAAGCAUGGCGUAAGAAUCAUCCACAUGGUUUCGUGGCUAAGCCGGAAACUGGUCCAGAUGGGUCCGUCAAUUUGAUGGUUUGGCAUUGCACCAUCCCUGGUAAACCUGGGACCGACUGGGAUGGUGGUUUCUAUCCACUUACACUCCACUUCAGUGAGGACUACCCUAGCAAACCCCCCAAGUGCAAGUUCCCUCAAGGUUUCUUCCACCCUAAUGUCUACCCUUCUGGAACUGUGUGUUUGUCCAUCCUCAAUGAGGACAGUGGAUGGAGACCGGCAAUAACAGUGAAACAAAUUCUAGUGGGGAUUCAGGAUUUGCUUGACCAGCCCAAUCCUGCGGAUCCUGCACAAACUGAUGGGUAUCAGCUCUACAUGCAGGAUACUGCGGAGUACAAGAGAAGGGUGAGACAGCAGGCGAAGCAGUACCCAUCUCUUGUGUAAUGUCAUUGUGUGCUUUUGCUUGGUAAUUAUAGUAGACUGUAGGUGUCUUUUGUCUGGUUGUGAUUAACUUAUAUUGUUAGUGUUAGUUUUUGUGGUGGUGAUUAAACAUGGCUUAGGAGAACUCUAAUCCUGCUAGUUGGCUAUAUCAGCUGUGUGGAGAUGCAUGUUUUGUUAUGGUUUGCAUUGCUAUAUGGCAAUGUGAUGAUUAUUUCAGGACUUGCUUUGCUUUGUUAUGGUCAUAGAACUUUAACCAUAACUUGCUAUGUCCCUAUUCUAGAUAAAAUGUAAAAAUAUGGUUUACCUAUUAUGAAAUGUGAUUCUUAAGCUGUUAACUUCCA